AUGUAUGCAGACUGCUCUUCAAAACCCGCCCCCUACCUGAUUUUUGGCCCACCUGGCACAGGCAAAACACAAACCUUGGUGCGAGCCAUCAAGGAGAUUUCGAAAAACCCCAACUGCCACAUCCUGGCCUGCGCUCCCUCCAACAGCGCAACUGAUCACCUCUGUGAGAAGAUUCUGGAAGGAGGAGUUGGCGCAGACAAAUUGUUUCGCUUGUACCCUUUAAGCUUCCCUGUGAGAAACAUCCCUCAGAGUCUGCUGAUGAACUGCAACCUGAACCCGAGAGGCAACGCACUGGAGAUCCCAUCUAAAACCAAGCUGAUGGGUUACCAGAUCAUGGUCACAACCCUGCAGACCGGGGGAAGACUGGUGACAGGAGGAAUACCCUCCGGACAUUACUCUUACAUCUUUGUGGACGAGGCAGGCCAGGCCUCAGAACCUGAGUGUUUAAUACCCAUAUCAGGUUUACUGAGAACAGAAACGUGCCAGGUCGUACUGGCUGGUGACCCCAAACAGUUGGGCCCCAUUGUCAACUCAAAGAUAGCAGAGAAACAAGGCCUUGGUGUGUCCAUGUUGGAGAGGCUGAUGAGGGACAUCAGUCUGUACCAGAAACACGAGAGAUAUGGGUUCAAUCCUCACUUUGUCACUAAACUGCGGAUUAACUACAGAUCCCAUCCUCCCAUUUUGAAAAUUCCAAACGAGUUGUUUUAUGACGGAGAACUCAGGACUUGUAUGCGCCCAGAGAGUAAUUCCUACACAACAUGGGAAGGCCUGCUUAGGAAGGAUUUCCCUAUGAUCUUCCACGGCGUGGCAGGCACUAAACAACGUGAAUCGGGCUCCCCGUCUCUUUACAACAUGGCAGAAGUCAACGUAUUGAUGGAAUACCUGAAACUCCUCAUCAAACACCUCCGCAAAACAAGUGUGGGCAGCAUUCAACCCCGAGAAAUUGGCAUCAUCGCCCCAUACAGAAAACAAGUUGGAACUGUGGAGGCGUUUCAGGGCAAAGAGUUCAAUGUGAUUCUGUUGUCUACCGUGCGAAGRAAUCCCAAACUGACUGAAUACAAUGAAAACAUCAAUUUGGGCUUCCUCAGCAAUGAGAAGAGGUUCAACGUGGCAUUGACUCGAGCCAGAGCUCUGCUGAUUGUGGUUGGAGACCCCAGACUUUUGGAAACUCACUAUAUGUGGAGCAAGUGA